AUGGCAGACAGACUAUAUCAGUAUUCCACGGCAUCUGCCCUCAUGGCAGGAGUCGCGUCGAGAGGCAUCCGACUAUCGCACCUCCUCGCGCAUGGCAGCCAUGGCCUGGGCACAAUGACAUCGAUCAACGGCGAAGUCGUGAUCAUCGACUCUACAACCUACCAUCUCCAAUCAACGGGCGCAGUACGCGUGGUUGAGCCUCACGAGGAGCUCCCCUUCGCCAUGAUCACGUCGCUGCAGGACUGCCGGACUAAACAGCAAGCAACCUUUGUCAACCUGUCCAGCAAACAGUCCCUCCUUGACCACCUCCGCACUCUAUUCCACGGUAUUGACAACCGGUUCGUCUUCUUCCUGAUUCCCCGUCUCCGCCUCGACUAUCUCAAGGCCCGCGUCGUUCGCGGCCAGCAGUAUCCGCGCCAGCCAUUGUCCGAACUCGGGGAUGCGCAGAAGGUCAAUACCUACAGGGAUGUGGAGGGGAGUGUGGUAGGGUUCUGGUCGCCGAAAUACAUGGACGGCGUGUCUGUGAGCGGUCUACACAUGCACUUUUUGUCAGAGGAUAGGCAGUUUGGCGGCCAUGUGCUGGAAUUGGAGUCGACGACGCAGAUCACCAUGCAGGCGGCUGUGCUGAAUGAGUUCGACCUGGAGGUGCCUGGACACGACGAGUUUGGAGAGGCCACGCUGGGGACAGACGGGGAGGCGCUGCGGAAGCGUUGGCAUCGUCUGGAAGGCGAAAUGUCCUCCUCCAUUCCCGGCAGCAGGGAACUUCCGCGCUCGCAAUAUGAUCUGACCACGUACUGGGGUCGCGUGCGCGAGGCUGCCGGCAUUUCAGACCCUCGAAUGCUCUUCGUCUCGUCGUCCGGCCUCGAAAAUGCCAAGAAGGCCAUUACCUCAUACAAGAAAGGCGAUGUGAGGGAAAUGUCCCCUGAGUUAUGGCGGGCAAAGCAGAUUGUCGACUCGACCUUGCAUCCUGACACUGGCGAGCCAGUUUUUCUUCCCUUCCGCAUGUCCUCCUUUGUCCUUUCCAAUCUCGUUGUUACGGCAGGCAUGCUCACGCCAGGAUUGCAGACCACCGGCACACUGCUCUGGCAAAUCGCCAAUCAAUCUCUCAAUGUCGCCAUCAAUGCCUCCAACGCUAACAAGUCCACCCCUCUCACCACCUCCAUGAUGGUAAAAUCCUACCUGAUGGCCGUAUCAGCCUCAUGCUCCGUCGCACUUGGUCUCAACGCCAUUGUGCCUCGCAUCAAGAACAUUUCGCCUAACACAAAACUUAUUCUCGGCCGUCUCGUCCCGUUUGCCGCCGUCUCCAGUGCAACAGCCUUGAACGUGCUUCUUAUGCGCGGCGAGGAGAUUCGCAGCGGCAUUGACGUCUAUCCCGUGCUCUCUGAAGAAGAGAAGAAACAACGCGAGCUGACCGGCGAGCCCAUCGAAAGCCUAGGCAAGAGCAAAGUCGCCGCCAAAAUCGCCGUGGGCGAGACCGCCAUCAGCCGAGUCCUCAACGCCACGCCGAUCAUGGUGCUGCCGCCAUUGAUUCUUGUGCAGCUCGAGAAAAUGGACUGGCUGAAGGCGCGGCCGCGCCUAGUUACGCCGGUGAACCUCGGCUUGAUUUUGACGACUUCUAUUUUUGCCUUGCCGUUAGCUUUAGGCGCUUUUCCGUCGCGCCAGGCGAUUGCUGCUGCGAGCUUAGAGCCAGAGUUUUGGGAUAAGGGGGGAGAAGGAGGGAAAUUGGAGUUUAACCGGGGCAUGUAG